AUAGAUGUGAUGAUGUGAAUGUCAUUGAGUGUUGUUACUUUCACAGAAAGAGGAAAGUACCUUGCCUUGGAUCUUGGCGGAACCAAUUUCCGCGUGUUGGUGGUUAAGAUUCGUACCGGCAUGCGAAAUUCAGUCCGGAUGUAUAACAAGAUUUAUGCCAUUCCACUGGAGAUCAUGCAGGGCACAGGAGAGGAGUUGUUUGACCACAUAGUUCAGUGCAUCUCAGAUUUCUUGGACUAUAUGGGGAUGAAGAACACUCGUCUGCCACUUGGCUUCACCUUCUCUUUCCCAUGCAAUCAGACAGGUAUUGAUAAGGGAGAUCUGGUCUCCUGGACAAAAGGCUUCAAAGCGACAGAUUGCGAGGGGUAUGAUGUUGUGGAUUUGCUGAGAGAAGCCAUCAAAAGACGAAAUGAAUUUGACCUUGAUAUCGUUGCUAUAGUGAAUGACACAGUUGGCACAAUGAUGACAUGUGCAUAUGAGGACCCUAAAUGUCAGAUUGGUCUUAUUGCUGGAACGGGAAGCAAUGUGUGUUACAUGGAGGAGAUGAAUAACAUUGAGUUUGUGGAGGGUGAUGAAGGGCAGAUGUGCGUGAACACUGAGUGGGGAGGAUUUGGAGAAAAUGAUAAUACUGAGGACAUCCGGACUAGAUACGACAGAGAAGUGGACGGAGGCUCACUCAAUCCAGGAAAACAAAGGUUCGAAAAGAUGACCAGUGGAAUGUAUUUGGGAGAGAUUGUAAGGCAGAUCCUCAUUGAUCUCACAAAGCGUGGUCUUUUGUUUCGUGGUCGCAUCACAGAGAGACUGAAGACCAAAGGCAUCUUUGAGACCAAGUUCCUCUCACAGAUUGAGAGUGACCGUUUGGCUCUACUGCAAGUGAGGUCUAUUCUGCAGAGUCUGGGCCUGGACAGCACAUGUGAUGACAGUAUUAUUGUAAAGGAAGUGUGUGGAGCUGUUUCCCGUCGAGCAGCUCAGCUCUGUGGAGCAGGAAUGGCUGCUGUUGUAGACAAAAUCAGAGAGAACCGUGGGCUGGAUCAUCUGGAGAUUACUGUGGGAGUGGACGGCACGCUUUACAAGUUGCAUCCACACUUCUCCACGAUCCUAAAGGACACUGUCAGAGAGCUUGCGCCCAAUUGUAAGGUGGAUUUCAUCCUAUCAGAGGAUGGCAGUGGGAAAGGGGCGGCCCUGAUCACAGCGGUAGCACAGCAGCAUCAUAUAGAGAAACAAGAACCUCAUUAGAUGCUCACACUGGGUUUCUUCAAGGGCUGAUAUGUUGUUUUAAGAGUUCAGGUUUCUAAGUAAUCAUGUAGAUUCAUCAAAUGACAACGCUCACAAAUUCAAAAACGCAGCUUGCAUAUAAAAUAUCUAUUUUUUGCAUUUAACAAUAUGUGACC